UUCCAUACUUUCUAAAUUCAAUUGUUUGAAGUAUGGCAGGUCUUCGUUAUAAAGACAAGAUAACGUUGGUGACAGGAGGCUCAAGAGGAAUUGGAAAAGGAUGUGUAGAGGUCUUCGUUGAAAAUGGUGCACAGGUUGUUUUCUGUUCAAAUGAUGAAGUAGAAGGUAAACAUACAGAAAAAGAUUUGAAUUCUAGGGGACCAGGAGAGUCAUGCUUCAUAUAUGGUGACGUCACGAAAGAACCUGACAUCAAGAAUAUAGUUGAGAAGACAAUUGAAAAGUAUGGUAGACUAGAUUGUUUAAUCAAUAAUGUCGGAACACAUCCUCCUCCUCAUCCUAUUGAUGAGUUUUCGGCAGAAGAUUUUAGAAAACUUAUUGACCUGAAUCUAAUUAGCUACUUCCUUUUUUCUAAGUAUGCACUCCCUUAUUUACGGAAAACUGAAGGAAGUAUAAUAAAUAUAAGCAGUUUGGUUAAUACCAUUGGUCAGAGUCAAGCAGUCACAUACUGUGCCACAAAGGGAGCAGUCACUUCGAUGACAAAAGCUCUAGCAAUUGAUGAAGCAAAAUAUAAUGUUCGAGUAAACAGUAUAUCCCCAGGCAAUAUAUGGACUCCAUUGUUUGAGAGUUAUUUGAAAACCUGUCCAGAAUCCGAGGAAAUGAAGAAAGGUUUUGAGAAUAAUCAGUUAUUGGGACGAUUUGGUACAAUACAGGAAAUUGGACAAGCAUGUUUAUUUUUAGCUGCUGACGCAACAUUCUGCACAGGAACCGAACUUAAUGUGAGUGCUGGUGCAGAAUUGGGCUACGCCAAUAAAAAUAUGAGACCAAAGUCAUCAUGACACCUUUCCUUAUUUAGUACACUGUAUCUAUCUAUAGUGUGUUAUAUACUCAUAAAACAACUACACAAUAGGUUUUCGGAAAUGAUAGUAAUACAUUUAUAUACAAGAAGGUUACUUUAAAAAAACCAUUUGAAUAUGAGUUUAUAAUAGGAAUAUCUGCUUAUGAUUUAAACAUUAUGUAUCUUCAUUUGUAUUUUUUUUUAAAACGAAUAAAGUAUGACGUCACAUAAGCAAGGGACAACUAAUGGUAGUGCUUAAAUGAUCGGUCAUGGAGAGGCUUGUUAACAUUUUUAUUCAUAAUAACUUUUUAAACAGAAUAAUAAAAAUAACUUUAUA